AUGGAACAACUCUUAAAUGCAUUAACUCAAAGUCAACAACAGCUUGCUCAGAGCCAGCAGAUUCUUAUGCAACAGUUAGCUGAUUCGCAGAAACAUAUGGUAACAAUUUUGCAGCAAACGCAAGGUAACCUCGCUUCUACAUCUUCGCAAUCGAUGGCUUCAUAUAGCGUUAUUUCCGCCCCUCUGGCUAAAUCUUCUCAAUUCUCAAACCUUGCCGAGCGUUUGGGCAAAUUCAUUCACGAGCCAGAAAAGGGCAAAACCUUUACGUUGUGGUACGAAUACCACGAGGGCACCUUUACGGAGGGUGCGAAAGGUCUAAUCGAGGAGGAACGAAAGCAGUUACUCCUUAACGCUCUGAGUGAUGACGAAUACCAACGUUUAUUAAGCCGUUUGUCGCCUACGAAGCCAUACGAUUUGAGUUUCUCUGACCUUGUCAAGCAACUAAAAAAACAAUUUCAUGAUAAUAAGUCGCUUUUUCAAUGCCGUUUCGAAGCCCUAAAUUUUCGGGCAACGCCGCCUAUGGCGGUAAUCGAUAUUCUCGAUCGAAUAAGCAUUCUGGGAGAUGCUUUUGAAAUUAACAAUUUCAAUAUAGACCAACUCAAAAUUUUGCUUACUGCAAUGGCACUCAACGAUCAUGCCUAUCAUACUGAACGUGCUCUCUUGUUUAAAAUUACAGCGGAGAAAGAAAAUUGCACUUAUAGUGAUAUCAGAGAAAUUUGUUACGCCCAUGUAGAACGUACUGCGGAUGUAAGACGCGUCGAGGACCAACAUAGCAACGAGGUUAAUACCGUACAAAAAUGGUCUGGAACCAAAGGCACAAACAAGAAAGCCAAGCAAGCCGCCGAUGAAGAAAUUGACAUCUUCACAAUGUCGCGGCUGUGGCCUUAUGACACAUAA